AUGCUGUUUUACGGACUGAGCGCAGGGUACUACAAUCGUGAGGAUGGUUCUCGUGAGGUCCCACCACCACAACCUCGUGAAAAUACUGCGCUAGUCAUCGGUUCCGAUAAGCCCGACGAGGCCAGACCCUCAGGCCCGACGAAUGCUUCGGUGUCCACGGCAUUGACCACCACCGACGAGGGCCAUGAUACCGCCCAGAACGCCGGCGAUAAGCCGAUUAAGCGCCGGAAGAACCGUCCCGGGGUGAAGUUUGGGGCUAAGAAACGGCUGUGGGUGUGGCUGUGGUUCGUCCAGGAUUACACUGACCCCAAUGUCGCCGCUUGCGAUUUCUGUGGCAAAAUCAUUGUCCGAUUGCCUUCCGAUAAAGGUCUGCCGAAAAAGCUCAUCGAGCACUUGCGUACCCACAAGCUAGAGCCCAACAGCGUCAAUUACUCCCGAGCGAUCCCCAUUGAUGGUUACGGGGUGACCUACACUCCCCUGGGGGAACCGAUGAACUAUCCGAAUGACCGCGAGGAAGAAGACGAUAUCGUCACCGAUAACGUCAUUGAGUCGACGCCAAUGAGAAACCAGAUGUCUACCGCAGUGGUGCCGGCGACCCAAGCUAGCCCCGAAUUAAACGAAAACAAAGUCGCGGUACAAACGAACCUCAACAACGCAUAUAACCGGCCUCGAGGCAACGACCCCCGGCGGGUGACGGUGGCUGAGAGUCAGCGCAAGUCACGUCGCUUGGACCACAAUUUAUUAGAGCAGCGUCGGGUGAUUCGUACCGACUUUGACAAUGCCCCUUACUCGGCGAUGAAGUUCCACAAGCACGUUAUGAAGUUUUUAACCGAGAAUAGACUUCCGAUCGCGGUCAUCAAGUCCCACUCAUUCCAGCAAAUGAUCUACGAUUUACGGACGGAGGCAGUGUCGGAUUUGGCCGAGCUCACCACGUUGUACUCCUCGCUUUUGGAGGUGCAAAACUACUCUCAGGCUGACGAACAACCGUCGUCUUAG